CACCUGGCCCUGGCAAUGACAAAUCUUUAGCAGGAUCAAACUCUGAUACAUCAACAUCGUUGCUGAAGUCGGCUGAUAUGCGUUGUUCCAUUCUUGCUAACACCACCACAUGGUCCUAUUCUGCUCUUUCUUGUCACACGCGAUGGCACCGAUUUCACAUAUAGCUCUAAAGCGGGCGAUGAAGCAGAAGCUGCAGCAAAAGGCGCGUGGCGGCGGACGCGGGUCGGCGACUGGGGGCGGUGGAGUGCGACGUGCGGGAGGAUCGGGCGGGGCCGGGGACAUCAGCCGGCGGUCAAGCACGUCGCGGGCCGGGACGGACAUCCUGGCGCACCUGCAGGAGCUGAAGGCCAAGGAGAAGCAGGUGCUGGGACGCAGCAGCGGAACGGAGGAAGUGGCUCGGCAGGUGAAGCGGGACUCGCAGCAGGCGAGCGAGCACCGGGCGCAGGUAGGGCAGAUGAUGGCGCGCGUGCGGGCGACGGCGAUUGACCUGGGCGUGCAGAAGCAGACGAUGAUGGCGUUUGAGCAGAAGCUGGCGGCUGGGUCGGCGCGCGAGCAGGAUAUGCUGGAGCUGGAGCGCGUCAACGGCGUAAGGGCGCUGGUUGGGCUGCCGGCGCUGCCCCCGCCGCCGGUGGCUACGCACGGGGUCAGGCAGGCGUCGUCGCGGCCCGGCACGCCCAUGUAUGCCGGAUCGCCGGUCAAUCUGCCGCCGGCGGGCGUGCAUCACCGGCGGGCGGUGGCUAGUAGUCGCGCAGAUGACGGAGAUGAUGAUGAGGUGCAGGACAUGGAUCUGGAGGAUGGCGAAUUGUCCGAGGACGGCGAGCUGGCCGAGUAGACGAAAAGCAAGAGCCGUUUUUUUUGGCUGUGUGUGCCUCAUAUACGUU